GAUUGGCAUAGAAUAAGCAGAGCGAAGGGGGGAAAAAAGAGAAUCCCUUACCCGGAGUCUCGCCUCCUCCGCGUCUUUUCCGUCUCGGCCCAACCCCUGUGUUCGCGUGUCUUUUUUCCCGGCUGAGAGUGUGCGAACAGAGCGUCUGUUCAACGAUUCCGAGACUCAAAUGCCCGGUCCCACCCAAGCCCUUUCCCCGAAUGGAGAAAAUAACAACGACAUCGGCCCGGAUGGCUCCAACAUUAUUCCGUAUAGGAAGAAUACAGUGCGAGGGGAGCGCGCCUACAGCUGGGGGAUGGCGGUCAAUGUGUAUUCUACCUCAAUUACCCAGGAGACUAUGAGCAGGCAUGACAUCACGGCCUGGGUUAAUGACAUCCUCUCCCUGAAUUACACCAAAGUGGAGCAGCUCUCCUCAGGAGCAGCCUAUUGCCAGUUCAUGGAUCUUCUUUUUCCGGGCUGCAUCAGUCUGAAGAAGGUUAAAUUUCAAGCCAAGCUGGAACACGAGUACAUUCACAACUUCAAGUUGUUACAAGCAUCUUUCAAAAGAAUGAAAGUGGACAAGAUUAUUCCAGUGGAGAAACUGGUCAAAGGCCGAUUUCAGGACAAUCUUGACUUUAUCCAGUGGUUCAAAAAGUUCUAUGACGCCAACUACGAUGGCAAAGAGUACGACCCUGUGGAUGCUAGACAGGGUCAGGAUGCCAUCCCCCCACCAGACCCUGGAGAGCAGAUCUUCAACCUGCCUAAAAAGUCCCACCAUGCCGCCAGCUCUCCAACUGCAGGAGCAUCGAGGUCGAGCGCCACAACCCCAAAGUCGGCAACUCCAACAUCAAGACCCUCCUCAGCCAAAAAAAUCCCCAUGGCAUCAACUCCUGCUAAAGGAGAGAAGGAGCUGGAGGUGCAGGUCACACAACUUACUGACCAGGUGAACAUGUUAAAGGUGGCCCUGGAAGGUGUGGAGAAGGAACGGGACUUUUACUUCAGUAAACUGCGGGAGGUGGAGCUCCUAUGUCAAGAGCAGGGUCAAAGUGAUCCUCGCUUCGUUGAGCAGCUUAUGCAAGUUCUUUACGCUAUAGAUGAUCAGGAGAGAGGUGACGAACUGGCGGAAGGAGACGGGCCUGAUGUUGAUCAGGAAUCCCAUGAGGCGGUGCCUGAUGAGCAGCAAGAGGAGGAACAGGAUGAAUACUGACUGAAACACUCAUUCUUCUAUUUAAUAUGUGAGAAGGCUUCCUCUCAUGGUUUUUUUCUCUCUCAAAGACUGAGCAAUUUGAAGCCACCUCCUGAGUUGAGGCACCGUCACCAUUUUUCUUUUACACACUUAUUUUUUAAUCUGUCCCUCCCUUCACUGUACAAUGUUUUCUGACUUUUUGCUGUGGUCACAAAGUGGAAAUCAGAUCAUCACAAGGACUAUCAAAUGUUUUAUUCGAUGAAAGGCUGAAAUUGUUGCUGUUAGCGUUCCAAUUUUUUAUUUUUUAAAGAUUGUUUUGAUGUCUAUAUUAAUGAUCCACAAGAUUGCAAUAAGCAAAAAGCCCAGAAAGGGCUCGUAGUAGCUCUUAUUUAACCUUCCUUCCAGCACAUGUUGUUGCACUGACAUUUUGAGUGUAUUGGACAAUCUGUCCAGAGACCCUCGCCAUAUUUAUUCUUUUUCUGGAGCCUUAGACGUAGAUUCUGAAUUCUGUGUCCGUGUGAAGGCGGACACCAAUAGACACAUGAAUUGUAAAUACAACACCACUGUAUGACUAAACUAGUAUGUGUUUGCAGCAACGACAUGCCACACCACAACAACGGUUAUAUUGAUAAAAUGCCAUAAACGUCAGGAAGGAAGAGACAUUCUUUUUUGGCAUAGUCUUACAAUGCAACAUUUUAAGUUUUCAAACCUCAUUUUGUGAUAAUUCUUAGCGGUUAGUUUCUGGUGUUAACGGUCAGUCCACUGAGUGUUUUGUCACGCUAUAUAUUCCAGUAAGUACAUUGUAUACUCUCCUUAGUAUUGCAUUAUUACUAAUAGACAGUAAAGCAGUCCACUAUAACGCUUUAGUCAUAUAUUAUUGUGUAAAUGAAAAGGAAUGUAAAACAUUUUUUGCUGUCUAUAAAUAAUGAAUGGUAAAUGUAUUUUUUUUCUUCCAUGUCCUACUUUUGAUGCAUUCCCUGGAGAGAAAAAAAAUCUUUUUUGCAUGUUUGCAUUUCAUUUGUGAAUAACUUGACCUUUUUAUGUAUUUAAUAAGAAAAGCAAGUAUGUUAAGUGAGCUUUUGUAUGUUUAACCUGCUAUUUGAAACUUGUUGAGAUUCGGAUGGAUUUGCUGUAAUAAAAUGUUUGAGUCCA